CAUGUUGUUUUAAAAGUAGCAAAUCGUAUAAAUUUCUAGGUUUGUAUCUUAAAAGUAUUUUCGUGUUUGGAGACAUGUUGGCUCAGUUGGUUUGGAGACUCUUACAACAACAACAACAAUUUACUGAACUUUGAUUUGACUCAUGAAUUAAAUCUGAUUCCCCCUAUCACAAUGCCAUCCAAAACACGCCUUAAACAGGACUCUGAUCAGUCUCCUGAUCAGGCACACAGAUCACCUCAACAGACUCAGCGAUCUCCCAAUCUCCAGCGUCUCUACCCAAGUUUACCACUGGAGGACUCAGAUGAUGAAAAUGAUAAGUCAUGGGCUAUGUCAUCCCCUGGGGAUUUGACACAGUCCUCCUUUACAAGUUCUGACCAGUAUCAGUCUAGCUAUUUGGAAGACUCGCCAUCGGGUCUUGGCCGCCAGCCCCUGCACAGUUCAGACAGAAUGCCGCGUUUGCGAUCAGGGAGGUCAUAUGGGGCAGAGUCAUUCAGCGAAAACUCAGAUAGCCAUGAAUCUCCCAGAAGAUAUAGGCCUGCUCAGGCAAAAGACAGAGCAGCCAAAUUAGAGAACAGUAAUAAUUCUACGUGGUCGCUAAUAGUGCUAGGUGUCACUGUUGUUGUAGUUAUUGUGGGAAUUUACUGGUGUUUGCCAAUCAACAAAACUCCCCAUGUCUCGCAGCUGAAGCUUUACGAACAGUUUAAGACUCGCAUGUCUGAUUUGAGGGGAAAGUUUCCGGCUCAGUCUGCAAGGUCGUGGAAAGUGCUUCAUGUUGCUACUAAACAUAUCGUGGAGAACCCUCAACCAGUGUAUCCUGCCGUUGUUUUGAUGGUCGGCGUGGAAAACACACUCCCGACCAUGUCUUGUAUCGGGUCUCAGAUGGUAUCCAUGCUGAACCAGCUGUACAAUGUCAGUCGAGAUGUGAAUGGCGAAACCAAAAUCCUGGCCAUGGAAUUGAACCAGAACACCCCUGCACAGGAGAAGAAGGACCUGGACAAGAAACUACGGAAAGCCUUCAGUUCUGGGAACAAAGGUGCAAUGCUGGUAAAUGUGGAACGCUUGUCUCCAGAAGCUGCCUUGAUGCUACACUCAUACUGUGACAACGACAAUGCACCUUUCACUAAUGUUCUCCUAAUGCUGCAACUGGUGACGGACAAACUGCAAACAGAGGACUUGGGGAAGCAGCAGGCUGUGGAAGGCUUUAUGAUGGCUCUGUGGGAAAAACAACUGGGCGUGGACCGCAUCAUGGCUUUAUUCAGCAGAAUAGCCAACAACAUUAUCCCCAUUUCCCCGGAGGAAACCGAGACCUUGAGAGCAGCCUGUGCAUCAAGUGGGUGGUUCUAGCUCCAUGGGAGAAAGAACAGUGGGUCAAAUGGGGGAUCCAUGUUCCAUAGGGGAAAGAACCAUGGGUCAAAUGGGUGAUCCUUGCUCCAUGGGAGAAAGAACAGUGGGUCAAAGGGGUGAUGCUAGCUCCAUGGGAGAAAGAACCAUGGGUCAAAUGGGUGAUCCUUGCUCCAUGGGGGAAAGAACAGUGGGUCAAAUGGGGUGAUGCUAGCUGCAUGGGAGAAAGAACAGUGGGUCAAAUGGGGGAUCC